AGUUCGCGGUCUGCCGGCGCCCCGGCACACACCGAGCGCUGGAGGCUCCGCCGCGCCGCCUGCCAACCCGGGAUCUACCUCCGUGAUUUUCUAACCCUUUUUUUUUUUUUUUUUCCCCCUUUUUUUUUUUUUUUUUUUUUUUUUUUUCCUCCCCGCCCGUUUUCCUCAGUCUUGGAAAAUUCUUGGGGCGGUGGGGAAUUUUGGGAUUUUUUUUUCUGAGAGGGGGUGUCUGGGCAUCUCCCCCCCGCACCCACUGCCUUGCUCCACCUGCCCUUGCGCCUUUUUUCUUCUUUCCCCCUGUCUCUCCACCAAACCCGGGCUGAUGUGCUGUGCGAGAGGCUGGAAAUGGAAGUGUUGAUGCUCUGGCUUUUUCCCUGGAUAUUUCAGUGCGUUUCGGUGCGGGCGGACUCCAUCAUCCACAUCGGUGCCAUUUUCGAAGGCAAUGCUGCCAAGGACGACGAGGUGUUCAAGCAGGCGGUGUCGGAUCUGAACCUCAAUGACGACAUUCUCCAGAGCGAGAAAAUCACAUACUCCAUCAAGCUCAUAGAGGCCAACAACCCCUUCCAUGCGGUGCAGGAAGCCUGCGACCUGAUGACCCUGGGGAUCCUGGCGCUGGUGACAUCGACGGGCUGCGCGUCGGCCAACGCGCUGCAGUCGCUGACGGAUGCCAUGCACAUCCCGCACCUGUUCGUGCAGCGCAGCACGGGCGGCUCCCCGCGCACGGCCUGCCAGCUCAACCCCAGCCUGGAGGACGAGGAGUACACGCUGGCUGCACGCCCGCCCGUGCGCCUCAACGACGUCAUGCUCAAGCUGGUCACUGAACUGCGCUGGCAGAAGUUCAUCGUCUUCUACGACAGCGAUUACGAUAUCCGUGGGCUGCAGGGAUUUCUCGACCAGGCCUCCAGACUGGGACUUGAUGUAUCAUUACAAAAAGUGGACAGGAACAUCAGCAGAGUGUUUUCCAACCUUUUCACCACCAUGAAAACGGAGGAGCUGAACCGCUAUCGGGACACGUUGCGAAGGGCAAUCUUACUGCUGAGCCCCCGGGGAGCCCAGACUUUUAUUAAUGAGGCUGUGGAAACCAACCUUGCAUCAAAGGAUAGUCACUGGGUCUAUGUAAAUGAGGAAAUCACUGAUAAUGAAAUUCUGGAGCUGGUGCAUAGUGCUCUGGGGAGGAUGACAGUCAUCCGGCAAAUUUUCCCUCUGUCAAGGGACAACAACCAGAGGUGCAUGAGGAACAACCACCGGAUAUCAUCCCUGCUGUGUGAUCCACAGGAAGGCUACCUUCAGAUGCUGCAGGUUUCCAACCUGUACCUGUAUGACAGUGUGCUCAUGCUGGCCAAUGCUUUCCACAGAAAACUGGAGGACAGGAAAUGGCACAGCAUGGCAAGUCUGAACUGCAUGAGGAAAUCCACCAAACCUUGGAACGGAGGAAGGUCCAUGCUAGAGACUAUUAAGAAGGGUCAUAUAACUGGGCUCACUGGUGUUAUGGAGUUCAGAGAAGAUGGAGCCAACCCCUAUGUCCAAUUUGAAAUAUUGGGCACCAGCUACAGCGAAACAUUCGGCAAAGACGUGCGGAGGCUGGCGACGUGGGACUCGGAGAAAGGGCUGAACGGCAGCCUCCAAGAGCGACGGCUGGGCAACGACCUGCAAGGAGUGACACUCAAAGUGGUGACUGUCUUGGAAGAGCCUUUUGUGAUGGUGGCAGAGAACAUCCUUGGACAGCCAAAACGAUAUAAAGGGUUUUCCAUUGAUGUCCUGGAUGCACUGGCCAAGAAUCUGGGCUUCAAGUAUGAGAUAUAUCAAGCUCCUGAUGGCAAGUAUGGGCACCAGCUCCAAAACAGCUCCUGGAAUGGCAUGAUUGGAGAACUCAUUAACAAGAGAGCAGACCUGGCCAUCUCAGCCAUCACUAUAACACCCGAGCGGGAGAGCGUGGUGGACUUCAGCAAGCGCUACAUGGACUAUUCCGUGGGGAUCUUAAUCAAAAAGCCCGAGGAGAAGAUCAACAUCUUCUCUCUGUUCGCCCCUUUCGACUUUGCGGUGUGGGCGUGCAUCGCCGCGGCCAUCCCGAUCGUGGGGGUGCUGAUCUUCGUGCUGAACCGCAUCCAGGCGGUGCGGGCGCAGAGCGCGGCCCAGCCCAGCCCCUCGGUGUCCUCCACGCUGCACAGUGCCAUCUGGGUGGUGUACGGAGCCUUCGUCCAGCAAGGGGGGGAAUCCACUGUCAAUUCUGUGGCGAUGCGCAUUGUAAUGGGAAGCUGGUGGCUCUUCACCCUUAUUGUGUGUUCUUCCUACACAGCGAAUUUAGCAGCAUUUCUCACAGUAUCAAGGAUGGAUAAUCCCAUAAGAACAUUUCAGGAUCUGUCCAAACAAAUGGAUAUAUCUUAUGGUACAGUCAGGGACUCAGCAGUGUAUGAAUACUUUAAAGCAAAAGGGACCAACCCUUUGGAGCAGGAUAACACAUUUGCUGAACUGUGGAGGACUAUCAGUAAGAAUAAUGGGGCAGAUAAUUGCGUAUCAAACCCUUCUGAAGGCAUCAGGAAGGCAAAGAAAGGAAAUUAUGCUUUCCUGUGGGAUGUGACAGUGGUGGAAUAUGCUGCACUGACAGAUGAUGAAUGCUCUGUGACAGUCAUUGGAAACAGCAUCAGCAGCAAAGGAUAUGGGAUAGCACUCCAGCAUGGAAGUCCCUACAGAGAUCUCUUCUCCCAGAGGAUCCUAGAGUUGCAAGAAAGUGGAGAUUUGGAUGUUCUUAAACAGAAGUGGUGGCCACGGAUGGGACGUUGUGACCUGAAUAGCCAUACCAAUGCACAGACAGAUGGGAAGGCACUCAAGCUGCACAGUUUUGCAGGCGUUUUCUGCAUUUUAGCAAUAGGCCUUCUUCUUGCUUGCUUGGUGGCAGCAUUGGAGUUGUGGUGGAACAGCAACCGUUGUCAUCAAGAAACACCGAAAGAGGACAAGGAAGUGAACCUGGAGCAGGUGCACAGACGCAUGAACAGUUUAAUUGAUGAAGACAUUGCCCACAAGCAGAUCUCUCCAGCGUCCAUCGAGAUCUCAGCGCUGGAGAUCGGUGGCAUGCAGCCAGCUCAGACCCUGGAGCCGGUGCGCGAGUACCAGAACACACAACUUUCUGUCACCACCUUUUUACCAGAACAGACAACUCAUGGUGCCAGCAGGACACUCACAGCUGCCUCGGGCAGCAACCUGCCGCUGCCCCUGAGCAGCUCGGCCACCAUGCCCUCCAUACAGUGCAAACACAGGUCACCCAACGGAGGACUAUUCCGGCAGAGCCCCGUGAAAACCCCGAUCCCAAUGUCAUUCCAGUCUGUGCCGGGGGGAGUCAUUCCAGAAGCAAUGGAGCCCUCGCAUGGAACAUCCAUAUGACGAAAACAAACAGUACAACCAACCAGCAGAGAUUUUUAAUACAAAAUUUAAAAGAAAAAAAAAAAAAAAAGGAAAAGAAAACAAACUCUUACAUUUUUCUUGUAUAUACUUGUAAAUAAUGAAAGAAUGAAGUGGGGUAAAAGUGUAUUUUGAAUAUUCCCAAUUUUCGAAGUAAGUAAAAAACAAAACAAAAAACAAACAAAAAUGUAUGAAUGACUUUGUAAAUUUUGUUCUAUAUGAAUAAAAAGGCAAACUACUUGUGGUCGUUCUCAAGUGCCAAAGAAGACCUGUUACUGGGACUGAGGGCCAUACUUUUUUUUUUUUUUUUCCCAUGGAUUUCAACACUUACUCCAUUACAGGUAUGGGUUUUUUUAAGAGCAAAAAAUUUUAUGUUUCUUGCUAGAAAAAUUCACCAUGCUCAGAUCUCUCCUUUCCCCAAAACCCUGUUUUAUAGCCAAGAUGACAAUUCACUCAGAGAGCUUAGCAGCUGGUAUUAGCAUAGCAGUAAAAAAUGCUUUAAAGGUGAAUUAUAACUCAAAUCCAACAAACAAUGAACAGAGAACAUUUUCCUUCUAACAAGGAUUUAAACUUCCACACAGUUUCUAAAUUUAAGCACAGGACUAUUGGGUUGUGUUUUUACGUGUCUGCUGUGCUGUGUGGCUCUUUUUAUUUAACUUUCUGUGUUUUGUUAUACAUAUAUAUAUAAUAUAUAUUAUAUAUAUUAAGACGUAUAUAUUAUAUAUAUAAAUGCUUUGAUGAACAGAUUUUAGGUUAAGGGGAAAGCUUUUAAGAAAAACUGUUCAGCUCUUUUUUUGUUUCUUGUGUACAUGACUGAAAAUGGGGAGGAACCAAUGAAGUGAGGCAAGGAGGAACUGUAAAGACAGGAGAUAAUGGCACUGCAGUGUCUGUGCCCUCUGGUGUCAUCUCUUUCUUUAAGAUUUCACUGAAUUUUUUGCAUAAUGGAUACAAUGCUCCCUGUUGAAUAUCCCUGAAUGGCAAGACUAUAAGCACAGCUUAGCUUUUUUUCCCAUUAAUUUUGUAAAGAGAGGCAUUUUAAUGGCCAUGUCUAUAAUUGUGGUAGAAAUGGCUGUACAAAACCUUUUUUUUUGUCUGUGCAACACAGAGGACAAAUAUAGAGCAACACAUAUAGCUUAUUUAAUGUCUUGUCAUGCAAAUAUUACCAGUGCAAUGUUGUACGGCAAGAAAAAAACAAACCAAAAUCUAAGACAUUGUUUCCUUCCCAAACAGAAGUUUGAAUGCCAAAUAUAAUGGAUCCCUGUCCCCCCUCCUACUCUUCAUGGACCAUCACUGUCUUUCAAAACUGGGACAAUUUAGUGUCUUCUCAAAGAUAUCCCUAAUACUAGGUUGUAAUUUCCCUUUGUAGCUGGAUUUCUUCACUUUACUAGAACACUGCUAUUUGGAAAAGGCUGUAGAUCCUGGUGCAGCAAAAUCAUUGUCAACAUUAGGGUGAAAAAUUCUGUUUGAAAGAGGUAAAAAUGCAUUCACAUCCCAGGAAAGUCAGCAGGCAAUCUCGGUCAGGUGUUUGGAUAAACAAACAUUCCAUUCCCUGCUCCUAAUUUGAUUUGCGUAAUUACACAACACGUAUAUUUACAGGGUGAUUAAAGUCCCCACAUUUUUACAUUUCUACUUUAAGCAGUAGGGAGGAAAAGUCAAACUGUGAUGUAAAAUGUAAAACUGCCUUAUGGAAGAAUAUACUCAGCCUACCACUUUUUAAAUGAGGAAUAUUGAUGGUGGGCUAAGAGAAGGAGUGCUCCUGGAGAGAAUUAGUUUGUCUCUGUUGUCAAGCUGGUUCUUCAUGAAGAUGGUGCAAUUUUGUAGCUUGGCACAAAUUGCACUAUUUACUUUACUCUAAUUAAAAAUUAAUAAUAAAGCUGGCUAGAUUUAUACUAUUUAGAGGUUUGGUCCACAAAAACUUUGGAUUUUUUUUCCUUCAUCAUAUCUUUUUCUGUUUGUUGUCUUAAACCUAUGGCCACAGGAAAAAAAACCUUCCAUAAAUACACUAAUUAGUUAUGGCAGAAAUAGCUGCACUAAAAGGCUACACACACACAGGAACCUGUAAAGAAGCUUUGGAGAAAGAGUGCAAGGAACUGCAUUGAAAAAAUCUCUAGUUUCAUGAUCAAGUUUGGAUUUUAGCAGCAGCAGAGGAACAUGCCGCAGAAGAUGUGCAGGGAGGUGCUUGAGUGGCUAUGAGGGUGCAAUCUGUUGUGGCACACAAGCCUGCUGGAGGUUUCCUGAGCUGCUGCCCUGCUGUUGAUCACAAAACGUGCUGCUGACUGGCUGCAGCAGAGCCCCGAGCAGGAGCUUGAAACCCUCUUUUACUGACACGUCUUUGCUGUCACGUUAGAGCUUUUUCAUAUUACAGACUAAAACACUGCAAUUUUAACUGACCUGCAUUUGUGGAAUAAAUUGUGAAUACAAAAUGUUUUGGGGAUUAACUUUACCAUGCUUCAUAUUCAGUGUCCUCCUCCAGGCUUACUCUUGCUAUGUGCUGUAAAGUUUGGAAGUGUGGUUUAACUUAUAAGUGAUGUUAGAGCUCCUUUAUUCCCAUGCAUAGAAUAUGAUUCACCUGCUUGAAUGCUUUGCAGGACUGCAGCUAAAAUGAGCAGGAUCUUGAAGAAUCAAACCAUGCAGCCUUCUUUCAGAAAAGUAUUUAAGCAUGUGUGAGCCCAUAGGGAGCACCUGCUUUAUGAAGUGCAUUGCUGAUUGAUGGUGGAGUUAAAACUGCACAUCUCAAAUUAAACAUGUGCCUAAUUUUAAGCAUGUGAGUGAGCUGGCCAAACUCCCUGGGACUACUCAGGUGCUUUAAGUUAACCUUAAGUUUUGAGUGCUUUGCUGCACCAGGGUCUACACUGGAAAACUAGAAAUCUGCAAUGGAUCUCUCACUGUCUAGUAAUUAUUUAUUUAUAUAAAAGUUAGCAAGGCAUAGCCUGAGCCUGUCAACCCUGUCAGGAAGCUGUUAAAUCCUUCAUGUGCUAGUGGUUUGGUUUUAGAUUAUUUAAGCAAAUCACCAGGUUCUCCUUGAGCAUAAACAAUGUUUCUUUCCCCAUAACUUUCAGUUUUCAAAGUAAACGCAGAAUGUAUGAUUUUCAUAUCCUGUCUCCUGUUUUAUAUUUGCAUCUUCCUUUUGACAGAUCAAAGCAUUCACCUUCUAUAUCAUAUGUAUUCACCACACACAUGCAUAUAUGUAUAUACAUUAGCAAUUACUCACAGAAGAAGUGAGAAAUAUAAUUUCCAUGUGAUGUAAAUGAGCAUAAGGUGAGAGCUCUCACAGAGCUGUGCUUAUUUAUACCACCUGCAGAUUUGACCCUUCACCUCUAAUAUCUGGAAAAUUAAAAUAGAAAAGCUGCAGAAGUUUCUGAAAACUUUGAAGAUCAAACUGUGCUCUGUUUUUUCAACUGGAACUUCCCUGAGUGUACUUAACAUAGGGAAUAAUGUAUGGUCCCAAAUAUUCCAACUCCUCUGGAAUGUUUACAUUGCAAAGGUGAUUGUACAUGAAAUGUACCUUCCUUUUAUUGUGCUCUUUUGAUGAUGAGCUUUCACAAAGGUGACAUCUGUGGCACAGCACUUCUAGCCUGUCUUGUUCUAUCAACCCAUUAGUUUAGAAAUUAUUUUCUUACAAAAAUGUGACUCAGUUUCUUCUAUUUGCUUGUAAUCCAUGGGCAAUCUGCUUUCAAUCUGAAGAAUGCAUUGCUCUUAUUUCUUAGUAUGUCAUGUUUUCCUAUUGCAAUGGAAAAAAAAAAAAAGAGUAAUUGUGCUUUUUAUUUUCAGAGUUAAAACUUGAUAGAAUGUUUUUAUGCUGAGUUACAACUACAUGUGUGCAAUACUUGUCUUGCAAAGUGAAAUUCCCAAUAUCUGCCUUGCUUUGAUAACCAUUCUGCACUGUAGGUGAAGUCUCAGCAAAACAACUCACUUUUUCUUAGUCUGCUGAUAGAAUAAACCACUUAAACCUGGGUUCUCACCUGUGUAAAUCAGCUUUCCUCCAGGGAAUGGGUCAAACAUACUGAGUUUCAGCAGGUGAAGGUUUAGCUCUUAAUAUUGGGCUCAAGAGCACUGCUUUGCAUAAGCUGGUAUUCAGGGGUAGCUCUGGAAAGGGAAAUGUCUCAAAAAUUAACCUGAAAGAGGAACUUUAUUAAAAUUUUGAUCUUGUAACAUGGAUUACAGUUUAAACUUUAUGCUGGGAUUUCUUAAAGAAAGAAAAUUCUUCCUAAAAUCUGCUUAAAUUUCAGAAUAGCUCCCUUCUGAGAUAGGUUUAAAGCUGUUGGGUUGGUGACAAGUGGAGCAUUCAGAGGAAAUCAUGUUAGUGAGUAGAGCAGCCACAGUGUUCAGACCUUAUUAUUUCUUUUGUUUUGCUUUACUGACUUGAACUUACAUCGUGAGCAGCUAAAGAGUGACAUCAUAAAUCUAAACACAACACAUUUGGGGAACCCUGUUGGAAAUUUCUCAGAGAAACCACAUCAUUUGGCAUCAUCCUGGGAAAGGCAAGGAGAAAGUCAGAAGAAAACUGAAGAAAAGUAAAAUUAAAGGUAAAAACUGACAUGUAGUGAAGGGGGAGGGAGAAGAGGAUGGUUACAACUCAUAAAGCUGUAUUACUUGUAUGAGAAGCCUCAAUUCCAUCAUACAAGCAGUUGCCUCAGCUAAUUAUUAUUUUUCUUAAUUUUUAGGAAACAAAUAAAAACAACAUUUGUUCUACCAGAA